GCACAGUAGAUAACUGAACGCUAUCAGAAACGGAAUUUUUAGAUUAAAGCUUUACAAUGACGGAGACCAAUCAAACGCCUUCAUGGAUUCAAGACAGUUUAUUUGAAAAUGUGAUAAAGAAAAUUGUGCCAGAGUUUAAGGAAAUCAAAACUUUCAAGCUUACCAACGCAUUACUACCUGGCGAGAACUAUGCCACCAUAAUGUUAAGAAUACAGCUGGAUGUUGAUCUUAAGGACAACACUGCUCAUACGGAAACUUUGAUGAUGAAAAUUCCCCAUGACACUGAAGUUUAUCGCAAAGAAAUGGCCAAGUGGGAUAUGUUCACCAUUGAGUCAUUGAUGUAUCGUGAAAUAAUUCCAGAACUGGAACAAUUGUAUCUUCAUAGCGGUUUAACGAUACAACUCUGUCCCACCAGUUAUCUGUUGGCCACCGACAAGGAAUAUAUUCUCUUGGAGGAUUUAAAGAAAAGAGGGUACCGCAACACAAAACGUCAAGAUGGUCUGGAUAUGGAGCAUUGUAAAAAGGUUCUGGAGAAAAUAGCCCAGUUGCAUGCCGCCUCGGCCGUUAGAGUUGAACGAAAAGGGCCAUAUCCCAAGCAAUAUGUCAAGGGCAUUGCCAAUGACGUUGGAUUUGAAACAAUACGUACUCUAAUGGAUAGUUGUGUUAAAAAUGCCUUAAAAGUAGCCAAAUCUUUUCCCAAUCAUGAGAUGUACUAUGAGGAAAUGCAAAAUAUGGGUAAACAGUUCACUGAGGUCUUAUUUGAGACAAGUGCCUAUGAUGAUACUGAUUUCAAUGUCUUAAAUCAUGGCGAUUGCUGGAGCAAUAACAUAAUGUUCAAGUAUGACACUGAGGGCCAUCUUCUUGACUGCUGUCUGGUUGAUUUACAAACACCACGCUAUGGCAACGCGGCACAAGAUUUAAAUUAUUUCAUUCUAACUUCGGCUAAAUUGGAGUUAAAGAUCAAUCAUUUCGAUGAAAUGAUCAGGUAUUAUCAUCAGCAAUUGAGGGAUCAUUUGAAGCUUUUGAAAUACUCGAAACCCAUACCCACUCUGGGUGAUAUUCAUAGGAUGAUAUUAAAAGCAGGGGCAUGGAGUAUUUUUGCUGCUUUGAAUGUGUUACCUAUUGUUCUGGCCGAUUCUUCUCAAGAUGCCACUGUUGAUAACUUAAUUGGAGACUCGGAAGAAAGUGAGAAGUUUAAGGAACGUUUAUACGCAAAUGAACGCACGAGAAAACAUUAUGAAGUGCUUCUGCCAUGGUUGUAUCAUAGAGGCGCAUUUGAUUGCAAUUAG